AUGCUGAACGACACCGGCGCUACCCUAAGUCUCGUUGACCGUUGCGUGCUGAAGCGACUGGGGCGGUCCUCUGAGCCUCUGUACCCUUACGAAGGGCUGGUCAGGAGCUCGUCGGGACACAAGCUUCGGAUCCGUGGCUGGAUCAGCUUGUCGUUCCGGCUUGGGUCGGUGGAGAUUUCGCUGAGCGUUUUGGGCGCGUUCGGCGCCGUGAUUGACGUGGCGGAGCGCUCCCUGACACUGAAGAGCUCCGGCGAGGUGCUGCCUCUGGGCUUUACGAUGGUAGAAGAGUCCUACAUGGCGACGAUGGCGACGUCGGUGCGGCUCCCUCCCCGAGGACAAGCUCUUGUGGGGGCUCGAGUGGUGGGGGACGUGACCGAUAAGGCCUUUGUGCUGGUCGAAGGCUCGUUGGGCCUGCCGCCUACGCUGUGCGUGGCGCGAACGCUGUGUACAGUGGAGGACGGCCGAGUGAUCGUCGAGGUGUGCAAUGCAUCCACGGACGAAUACUGGAUUCGAAAGGGGACAGUCGUUGCGAGCACGUCCGUGAUCCCCGAGUCUGCUUUCGAGCCGGCAACGGCGGCGCUUGGUGGAACGGUGCCCGCUGAAAGCGAUGGGUCGAGCGGGGCGAGUGCGAUGUCCGUGUCGGAAAAGUGUGAGGAAGGUGUCGGCAAGAAGGUGAAGGCCUCAAAGCCCGACAUUCCGCCCGACAAGUCGGAC